CCACUCUCCACUGUGAAGGCCCCUCAAGCUCUCCUCUCUCUCUCUCUCCCUCCCUCAAAUCCCUUAUCGUACGUCAAAUCUCAACCUAGGGUUUCCACCUCCGUCUUCUUCGAUCUUCCUUUCCCGUUCGACUAUGACAUCUCCGACUAUGGGAGGCGGAUCCGACGACGUGUCGACCAAAUCGGACGCCGGUGGUGAUGGAGUCAACAUCAACGUCAAAACUCCCAACGGCUCCAAGUACGCCGCGAGCAUCAGCCUCAACGCCACCGUCCUGGCCCUCAAGGAAGCUCUCUCGCUGAAGUGCGAAAUUCCGGUCGAUCAGCAGCGGCUGAUUUACAAGGGCCGGAUCUUGAAGGACGAUCAGACCCUCCGGAGCUACGGUUUGGAGGCGGAUCAUGCUGUUCACUUGGUUCGUAGCUUUGCACCAUCUGUGGCAGCCAACACUGCUGGUGCAACCAAUGCUGGAAGUGAAAAUUCUACCCCAAGGGGUGCUGGACCUAAUGGCGGUGGAGCAUUAGGAGUAUCUGGCAAUGGUGGCACCGGUGAUUUAUUUGGAUCUGGAUUUCCUGGCUUGGAACAAGUGCAGCAACAAUUUACGAGAGACAUGAUGAAUGCCCCUCUCUUUGACAAUCUUGUGAAUAGCACUGACAUGAUACAGAACAUGGUUAUGAACAACCCUCAAAUGCGUGAAAUUAUUGAUCGCAAUCCUGAGCUAGGACAUGUUCUCAAUGAUCCUAGCACUAUUCGUCAGACACUUGAAGCAGCAAGAAACCCUGAGCUUAUGCGUGAGAUGAUGCGCAACAGUGACAGGGUUAUGAGCAACAUUGAAGCUUCGCCUGAGGGAUUUAACAUGCUUAGACGUAUGUAUGAAAAUGUCCAAGAGCCUCUACUAAAUGCAUCAAACAUGGCUGGUAAUGCGGGGUUCGAUAGUUCUAAUCCAUUGGCAGCUUUUUUCAUUCCCCAAAGUGGAAACCCAACCAGAACUCAGUCAAACUCAUCAGCUGCAAGUUCUGAUUCCGCAACUAGCCCCCCUGCUCCAAAUUCUGUCCCGCUUCCCAACCCAUGGUCACCUACAGGCUGGGAUGGUAGGCCGCAGACACAAGUUGGCCAUACUGGAGUUGGUUUUCCAGAGUUUGAAGUCAUGAUGGAUUCAAUGCAGGAUAACACUUUACUGAAUCAGGCUGUACAAAACCCAGUUGUUUCUCAGCUCAUGCAAAACUUCAUCUCCAAUCCUCAGAAUUUUAGUGAGGGGCUCGAGUCCAAUCCCCAGUUACAGAGCAUGCUAACUUCCAAUGCGUUCUUUAGAGAAAUGAUUGAAAAUCCUGAAUUCUUUCGUCAGCUGGCUUCUCCUGAGACUAUGCAGUUAUUUUUUAUUUUGUUACAAGGACUUUUGUCGCUGCUAGGUGAACAAGAACAACAAUCAUCCCAGGAACCAGGUGAGAUGGGACAGACUGGUGGAAGCCCAGGAUCAGUUGAUAACACAGGGUUAGAGGCUCUGUUAAACAUGUUUGGUGGGCUUGGCACUGGCAGUCCAGAUGUUCCCAACAGACAAAACGUGCCACCGGAAGAACUAUACGCUGCACAGCUUUCACAACUUCAGGAGAUGGGUUUCUUUGAUAGACAAGAGAACAUACGGGCUCUGAUGACCACUGCUGGAAAUGUCCGUGCAGCAGUAGACCGGCUAUUGGGGAAUUCUGGUCGAUAGUUUAAUGAUUUCUUACAUCUGUAUAUGUCCAGGCUGUGGUUGCCAAGAUUGUUCGUGUUGGAUAAGCUGAUAUAUUGAUAAGAUGAGCCCUCUGUUAGUGGUGCGAGCGUAUGGUACCCGGGUUUGGUUUCUCUAAGAAACUUUGUCCAACCCGAGUGUACAUAGUUGACAAGUAUUAGUCACAUGCACGUUAUGACAGAUUGGUUUCCUUGGGAGAUCUGUGAAAAUUUGUAAGAACUGUCGGGUAGCUGCUUAAGUUUGAGUUUCUAUUCCAUAUAUAGUCUUGUGAAAUUUGGUUGAGCUCGUUAAAAAAACAAGUGGAUGCCUUGUAGAAAGAGGCAGAAAUUGCCCAGUUGUAGUUGCUGAGAUCGUACCAGAUUCAUUUUUUGUGGCAUGUUAUUGACUUUGAUCGUAAAA